AUGUUCGGCGACUCCACAAUAGCCCAUUCGCAAUGCCAUAAACGUGAUUCGGAUAGCCUGGUCUCCCUGCCUCCGCCGCCGCGUCGGUCCUUGCGCAAGGCCAUCUCCAUCCCGGCCGUCUCGUCGAUCGUUAAGGAUUCGUUGAAUUGGGCUGGCGAGACCUUGCAUACCUACCGCGAUGGGCUCUCCACUGAGCAGCGCAGGCAGAAAGCAGAUAUUGAGGACCGGAAGCAAAUACUAUACCUGAAAAUCAAGAAUGCCGUGUCGUACGAGGAGUGGUGUACAUGCGCCAAUGAAUUGGACGUGUUGGAGGACAAUGUAUCUUGGAAGCGCACCAUCGAAUGCUCAGAGUACCACCCGGAGUUGGUCCAGGAACGGUUGCGACAGCUGGAGGAGGCGCGCAUUAGCUGCGACGUGAGUCGCAUGCUGUAUCUUGUUCGCACCGCCCUUAGUCGCGACCUGGGGAAGAUGAGCAACUCGUCCUUAUAUCGACAUUCGCAUACUGGGACAAAAGAUUUGAUCGAUCGGUAUAUCACGACUGCGCUCGAGACCAUCAAUACAUUGGUAGAUCUGUCAGUACAUAAUCGCUGCGAUGGGUUGGAGCUCAAGUACAUACUGGACCAGCUGCUGGCAGCGCGACAGGCAUUUGGCCGAAGUGCGCUUCUAUUCUCGGGAGGUGCCACGUUUGGCAUGAACCACAUUGGGGUUCUCAAGGCCCUCUAUGAAUCGAAGCUCAUCCCGCGCAUCAUCUCUGGAGCCUCGGCAGGUAGUAUCGUGUGUGCGGUAUUUUGUACCCGCACCGAUGAUGAACUGCCAGCCCUGCUGGAGACCUAUGCGCAUGGAGACUUUGCAGUCUUCAACGAGCAAGGCCAAGAAGAGAACAUUUUCCAGAAGACGGCACGAUUUUUGAAGUUUGGAUCCUUCCUGGACAUAACUCAUUUGGCAAAUACGAUGCAGGCAUGGCUGGGAGACAUGACAUUUCAAGAGGCGUAUAACCGAACUCGCAGGAUUUUGAAUAUCUGCGUGUCGAGUGCCGGCAUGUAUGAGCUACCUCGGCUGCUCAAUUACAUCUCUGCACCCAACGUAUUGAUCUGGUCGGCAGUAGCGGUGUCUUGCUCCGUGCCAUUGGUCUUCAGGCCGUUCACCCUCAUGGCCAAAGACCCGUUGACAGGAGAGGCGACUCCUUGGAAUGACCUUCACAAGCAGUAUAUCGAUGGCUCGGUGGAUGGCGAUCUUCCCAUGACACGACUAUCAGAAAUGUUCAACGUCAAUCACUUCAUCGUCUCCCAAGUCAACCCACACGUUGCACCUUUCUUACCAAAAGAAGAUGGCCCAACAAACCACCCCGAGCUGGGCUCAUCUUUCAUUCCUCGCUGGAUGAAUACAAUGACUCACCUUGCGAAAGACGAGGUCCUUCACCGAAUGACUGUCCUCUCAGAACUUGGGGUCUUCCCCACCUCCAUGACUAAAGCUGCUUCAAUCAUGAACCAGAAAUACAGCGGCGACAUCAACAUCUACCCGGAAUUGAUCUCAUCAAACUUCCCACGGAUCCUUGAAAAUCCAACAACCGAAUUCAUGCUGCAGGCUUGUUUGAGUGGAGAACGCGCGACAUGGCCCCGGUUAAGCCGGAUUAGGAAUGCCUGUGCCAUUGAAUUGGCACUCGAUCGCGCCGUUCAGCAGAUGCGAGCGCGGGUCGCCUUGAGUCCUGGCCAAUUGGAGUUACGCAUGCCAGGCUCCCUUCAUCAUUCCACAGAGUCUAUAGAAAGCGGUAUGGGACGAGGGCGUAUCCGAAACCGCCGGCGCGGCUCACACAGUCAUGAACUGGAAAGGAGACGCUCGAGAGCCCUUUCCCGCAGCAUUACUGUCCAGGGACUGCGAAAAGCACGCAGUACCCUUUCCCUCGAACACCCAUCCUUCACCACAUCGAAUGAUCUUGUCUCCGUCCCAACCCGGCCAAAGGCCCACCGCCGUCGAUCGUCCAUGACCUUCGGCACGGGUGUCUUCUCAAUUGAAUCCGACAGCGACGAUGAAGAUGAUUUUGUUGCAUCCCACUCUAUCAACGCUCGGAAAUCUCAUCACCGAGGCUCUUGGGAUUUCUCUUCACACGCAGAUGAAUUGAAUCAUGGCAUGCAUAGUCCUGUCCGAUCUCGGCGAUCUUCAUUCUCGUCGGGAAGACGGCAACGCUCUGGUUCAGACCAUCGAGGUUCACCAAAACAGGUCUAUGCUGCUUCGGCUAGAGAGAUCUCCAUGGCCUUGUCGCCCUCGUCUCGUCAUUUGCUUAGUAUGACGCCGACGGUGCAUCCGACUUCUCCUGACUCGUUCACCCACAAAGCACGGUCAUGA